AUGAUGAACAGGAGGAGAAGAAAUGCCCAGGAACACCUGGGGCAUCAGGUGCAGGAAGACAUAAACAAGUAGGAAAACAGAGAAUUGAAAAUGCAACUGGGAAGGAAUGGAUGUCACAUGAAAGAUCUCACACAGGGGAGAAACCAAAUAAAUGCAUGUCACCUGAUUCACAUCAUAGAACUCACACUGGAGAGAAACCAUAUAAAUGCAUGGAAUGUGGGAAGAGCUUCAGUCAGAGAAGUCACCUGAGUACACAUCAAAGUACUCACACUGGAGAGAAACCAUAUACAUGCAUGGAAUGUGGAAAGAGCUUCAGUCGCAGCAGUGCCCUGGGUCUACAUCAUAGAACUCACACUGGGGAGAAACCAUAUACAUGCAUAGAAUGUGGGAAGGACUUCAGUCAACGCUGUCACCUGAUUUCACAUCAAAGUACUCAUACUGGAGAGAAACCAUAUAAAUGCAUGGAAUGUGGGAAGAGCUUCAGUCAGAGCAGUCACCUGGGUACACAUCAAAGUACUCACACUGGGGAGAAACCAUAUAAAUGCAUAGAAUGUGGAAAGAGCUUCAGUCGCAGCAGUGCCCUGGGUCGACAUCAUAGAACUCACACUGGGGAGAAACCAUAUACAUGCAUAGAAUUUGGGAAGGACUUCAGUCAACGCUGUCACCUGAUUUCACAUCAAAGUACUCACACUGGAGAGAAACCAUAUAAAUGCAUGGAAUGUGGGAAGAGCUUCAGUCAGAGCAGUCACCUGAGUACACAUCAAAGUACUCACACUGGGGAGAAACCAUAUAAAUGCAUGGAAUGUGGGAAGGAC